AUGUCGGGGCUCAAGGCGAUGUUCCCGAGGGGCGAGGAGGGCAAAGGUUGCAGGCGUCUGAGCGGAGGGAAUCCCCCGAGUCCCGCCAAGGGAUCCCCGCGUCGCACCUCCCCCCAAAGUCCCGCCUCGUCAAUCGAGUGCAAGAGAUCUUCGAGAAAGUGUUGGCAGGAGGAGCAACGAAACGAAGGCCAGACGCAUCAUCGCCCUAACUUAACCCAGAAACGUUCGCCGAGGAGAUACGUGUUGGAGCAAGAUUUCUCGCAGGACGAGAUGGGCGUCCUCCGUGCUGGCUCUGCCAACAAUAAUAUCAAUAGCGGUGGUGUUGGUGGUGGUUUGAACGAGCCGUUUGGAGAAAUGUCGUUCCUCGAGUUCGAGUCCCUCUACACGUUGGAGAAGGAGCUGAUGCAGUCGCGGGUGGAUGUGGGUCAAGCGGCGGUGGACGAGAAGCAGCGCGUGUUGGGGUGGGCGGGCGGUAGACGGGGCCUCUACACCGAGCUGCCCGACCCCCUCUGCGCCCCCCACCAGCCGCCGCCAUCCUCCCUGAUCCCGAGCGAGGGAUUCAGCUUCGCACCCGGCUGGUCCCUCAGCGUGGACCACUUUUAUCAGUGGCAGCGUCGAGGCAGGGCCACUCACCAGAUCUACACCGAUUGGGCGAAUUAUUAUUUGGAGAGAGGCGGUUGCAAGAGAAGAGUGACGGAUCUGCAAACGGAUCUUUGCGACGGUGUUCUUCUUGCCGACCUGGUCGAGGCAGUCACCAAUCAAAAGGUGAUCGACGUGAAUAGGAAACCGAAGAACUCGCAACAAAUGGUCGAGAACGUGAGCCUGUGCGUAGGAGCGCUCCGAGCUCUUGGGGCGGACGUGGGCUCCGUGAAUCCUAGCGAAUUGGCUGCAGGAUCAACCCUCUGGCCGGUCCUCGCCCUUCUUUUCGCCCUCUCACGAUACAAGCAGAGAGCCAAACAACUUCAAGACAUGCCUAGGUUGCCGUCGCCGUACAACAAGCAGUCGGCGGUCGGGGGUGGAGGUGGUGGCGCUGGAACCACGAGUAUACCCUUACCUGCCACCGUGGCUGCCACCAGACGGUGUCCCCCGGACAAGGUCAGGCCGGCUCCUACGCCCACGCAUCAAUCGCAACUCGGUGGUUUGAAGCAUGGGAACGGCGGCAUAGGCAGCGCGAGCAGUUCCAGAAGCACGAGUCCGAGCCAACAACAACAAUCGCCCCAAACCGGACUCUCCUUCAUUCCCCAACCGAGGAAUCAAAAUUCGACCAACAGGCAACCCUCCACCACUACCCCGAGUCCCCGAGCCUCGACGGUGGGCAAACCGCCCGGGUGCGUGAGGGGGGCCCAAUCCUCUCCGUACGCGAGCAGCACGCCCCCCCAGCAGAACAAGAACUCGGUGCUGGACAAGUUCAAGCUGUUCAACAACAAGGAGAAGAAUCAGGAUCGCGGCAAAGCUUCGUCGGGCGUGUCGAAGCGGACCUCGAGCUCGUCCGGCUUCUCCUCGGCCAGGUCGGAGCACUCGGACAGCUCGACGUCCCUGUGCGACCAGCAGGGCAAGCAGCAGGUGGAGUCGCCCAAGAGCCGGGCGUUGAAGUCGAAGCUGCAGUCGGCCAAGUCGGCCGCGAAACAGGCGAGCCCGAAGGCCGGGAGGAAGGAGCAGGGCAAGGGACAGAGCAAGAUAGCGCGGACGAAGGGGGGGGCGGCCGACAAGUUGCUCGUCUACGCGCCCCCCGAGGAUGCCAAGCCGAGCGCCAAGAUCGGCGCCACCAAGGUGAUGCCGCCCCCGCCGCCGCCCUCCGCCGACAAGAAGUCCUCCAAUCUGCACGAUUUGUUGAGGCAGCAGCAAUCGAGCCAUCAUCACCAACCGUUGCAAAAGGCGGCUGCCAAUCCGUUGAAACAGGUGGCGGGCCAAGAGAAGAAUCUCGCGAAGAACGAGAGCAAACCGAGGCCCAAGAUGGAGCUGCCCGCCAAGAUACCGACCACUGACGCCACCAAGAUCCACAACGUGCCCAAAAUUCCCCCCAACGGGUUGAGCAAGGACGUGCUGGGCCAGAAGGGGUUGUUGUUGAGCAACGGGAUGAUCAAGCAGGAGGAGGAUGGCGAGGAGGACGAGGAGACGGUCGAGAACGACUCGACGAUCGAGCGCACGUUGUCGAUGAAUCGGGCCAAUAUGUGCGAGCAGAGGUCGGCGACGAUCGUGGAAGGAGGGAAACAACGGAGGGACGGAGGGGAGGAUCAGAGCGGAGCGGAGAGAGUGCAGGGAAAGGGAGGAAGAGUGGAGAAGAGCGAGGAAUUGGAGGAGAGGCAAACGCCAUCUUGCGUGUUCGCGACGAACGACGCGAAAAUGACGAGCAUCGUUCAAGAAGCGACGACGGGAGCUCAGACAAACGUGGUGGUCGUCGCUGCCGCUCCUUCAUCUUGCCACGUCGAGCAGCAACACCACGCGGGUGUUAAUUUCGGGAAGCAGCACUCGAUGGCGAGCGGGCCGCUGCAAGGCUCGAGUCUGAUCGGGAGUCCGGGCUCGAGCAUUCCAAAGCCCACUGCCUUGGUGAAAGGCACCUCGAAACCGCCUAAGGAAAACAGCGUGCCGGGCGUACCGACGCCCACCAAAUUAAAAGCGGACGCUUUGCAUCGCAAGCUCGACCCGAAUACGGUCGCAAUGGUGUCACCGAUGCCCAGCAUCUCCGACCUCAUGUCCGAGAGCUCGCACAGCAACUCGAACAGCACCGGGCAGAGCAAUUCGAGCGACAGCAGCGUUAUCUACAGGCCGAGCAGCGAGAGCGGGAGCGAGAUCAAAACUAUACCCAACCGAAAGAUCGACACCACGUUCGAGCAGAUGGAGAAGGUCUUGGGCUCGGAGGGUUCAACGUGCGGGGGAGGGGGGGGCGACGACGAAGCGGAGAUGACGGUGAAGCCUAUGCAACCUCUGCUCCGCGGUUACACGCCGGGCGCGAGGGCUCUCCAGACGUUGCCGAGCAGGACGAACGCGCGACAGUACACGAUCCUUCAUUCCUCUUCCCAUCAUCAUGUCGGUCACGAUUACGCGGACAUCGACGUCGCCUCCGGUUAUCUGAGCGACGGGGAGGUUCUCCGCGGUGGCAUGACCGUCGGUAGCAGGACUCUGUCCGACUUGUGCGACGGUUACAUGUCCGAGGGCGGUGCCUCGUUGUACGCGCGUAGAAUCAAUCCGUCUUACGGUCAUGAUCACGAGAGAUACGUGGGCGGUUCGAGGCGAGAGUUGUCAGGGGUGAAGGAACUGGUGACCUCGAGGAGGGUGCAGAAGAGACCCUCGGCGAACGUCGUAAGGUCGGAUGGAGGUUGCAUCGGGGGCAGUCCAGGAAGCGGCGGUGUGAUCGCGGCCGGUUUGCUGGGCGGGUGCAGCGGCGGCAACGACGCCUUAGCCGAGUUAACCAUCGAGGACCUGGCAUCUAUUCCCGCCGGAAAUCACACCUCCGCCAAUCACACAGGCCAUUCCUCUCAUCACAAGAGGGUGCCGGGUGGUGGAGGCGUGAUUGUGGGGGGUGGCGGUAAUUCGGCCACCCCCCAAGGUGCACAGCAGGGCAGCAACCUGGUGUAUCGGGUGGUGAGCUCGAGACAUCCUGGAAGCGGGCAUCAUCCGCACGUGAAAAAGUCGGACAGCUCUCAGCAAACCGACAACUCGGCGUUCAAGCAUCAGCAGCAACCGGGUUUGAACUCGAGCUCGGCGACCAACAGCAGCUCGAACAGCCAGCAAUGGAAGAAAUAUAUCGAGGCUGGGGCUGCGAGGGAUCGGGAGAGAGACAAGGAGGGCGCGCCUCCGAGUCCUAGUCCCUCCAGGCGAUCUCAGGAGAAGCAUCGGAAGCAGGCCAUGGCCGAGUAUGCGAACGGCGAGAAGGGGCAGAAAGUUUCAUCUGGGACGGGGAGCGGGAAAGUCAGGGGCGUACCUCAAAGUUUCGGCUACGUGAAGAGGCACAGCGCCGGCACCAGCCCGAGCCCGAACGGAGUUCAAAAUGGCGGCAAGGACUCGGCGAGGACCGCCCAAGUCAGCGCCGUUCCAAGGACGAAGGUCAAAGUAUCGGGCGGCACGCAAACGUGCACCACCGAGCUCCAGGCCAACUCGUCGCCGAGCCAGGCCGGCCACCAUUACAAGAGCUACAGCCUGACCGGGCCGAGCGCCAGCCAGCUGUCCCAGUCGGUGCGCGACCGGCUCAUGCUCGGCUCCCAGAGCCUGCCCAAACCCGGCAGCCCCGAGUUCACCGCGCUGUUCGCGUCCGCCCAUCACCGGGAGCGCGGCUCAACAGCCGCCCCAACCGCCGCCUCGUUCUCGCCGCGGGUGCUCAAACCGUCGGACGGAAGCCUGAGCGACACGUGCAGCAAUUACGCGGCCCCCGACCUCCAGGGUUAUUACGCGCCCAACAGCCCGUACACCACGUCCUGGAUGAGGCACAGCAACACGUACACGCCGAGCGGCCGUUCCCAAGGGAUGGGAUUGUGCGAGGCGGACAGCGUGGAGUCUUUGGGCUCGCAUCGGGCCAGCUUGACCCACGCCCGGCUGUUGAUACAUCAAAGGGACUCGACGGGAUCCCCGGCCCCGCCGCGGCUCAACAGAAGCAAUUCCAUUAGGGAAAAAGAAGAACUUUCCCUUCUUUUGCCUUCAGUCCAUGGUUCUUCUGUAUCUUUGGUAUCGACAGCAAGCAGUCUAUACAGUUCAGCCGAGGAGAAACAGGCGCACGAGCUGAGAAAAUUACGUCGAGAAUUGGUAGACGCCCAAGAGAAGGUCCACUCGUUGACAAGCCAGUUAUCGACCAACGCUCAUGUGGUGUCGGCUUUCGAGCAAUCGUUGUCCAACAUGACACAACGUUUGCAACAACUGACCGCAACAGCCGAAAAGAAAGACUCGGAGCUUCAAGAAUUGAGAGAAACGAUCGAGAGGCUUCGAAAACAGAGCGCCGAGGCCAGUUUAAAUAAUGGAACAACGGGUGCAAACAACGGUCGCCGUCACACUCUCGGCGAUUCCGAUUCCGGGACAACAGGAUGCACCGGAAACAAUAACCACCAAGGCGCCUCGAUGGCGAGACAAUUGUCCGCGGACAGUGUCACCUCGUUGAAUUCGUUGAGCAGCGCCUGCUCAGCCAGCAGUCAUCACAAGAAGAAAGGUUGGCUACGUAGCUCCUUCUCAAAAGCUUUCUCGAGAUCACGGAAGAAUAGACACGGCUCAGUGUCCGACGCCGAAGAUUGCAAGGAGAACGCCAGCGGAGACUUGAGCGCGCCCAACAGUCCCAGAUUGCCAAGCGCCUCUAAACACGAGUCUUCGCGAGGUGGUCAAAAUGGUGGUAGGAGCAACGGACAGAAAUCCCCUGAAGUUGAAAACCCAUUGACGGGAAGCAAAAGCAGUUCGGCUUUGUACAAAAAAGAGGACGAGGACGUGGUGGAAUUGAAGAAACAACUCAGGGAAAAAGAUCUCGUGUUGACGGAUAUCAGACUCGAGGCUCUAUCUUCGGCGCAUCAAUUGGAAUCGUUGAAAGACACUGUGAUCAAAAUGAGGAACGAGAUGCUUAAUUUAAAACAAAAUAACGAACGUCUACAAAGACUGGUGACGUCAAAAUCCUUAACGUCCUCUCAAUCGUCGUUACCUAGCGAUCCGGACAGACGUUUCAGUAUGACGGAAGUGGCCUCCACCGUUGCCGCGCUUUCAAACGGUGAUACUAGUACGACAGCUGACCAAUUAGAAGAUUUAAACGUACCGGAACAUUCAGUGGUACCAUCUACCACCUCGACUACAGGAGAGCCAACUUUGGAACAAGAUACAGACGGGAAAAGAAUUAACGUCGCUAUCUAUCUAGGUAGCGAGAAAAAUUUCAACUAUAACCUCGUAACUGGAAGUACUUCGGACGGCAGUAUCGGUGAACCUCCUCAUUGUAUUAUCGCGAGUGUUUGCAUAAGUAAUAAAACUACCUGGGAUUCCCUUGAUUCCACUGUAAGGCGUUGUUUCAAGGAAUACGUUUCGAGAGUUGAUCCCGUGACAAAUUUGGGCCUAGGAGUUGAAUGCGUUGCUGCUUAUCAUCUCGGAGAAGCUUCUAGAUGCACUACAGAUUCUCAACAUCCAGAAUUGCUCCCUUGCGGCUACUUAAUCGGUCAUGUAAAGACCAUUUAUUUGGUACUUUCUGGUUAUUCGUGGCUCGCUGUCGAUACUCUAAUACCACGAUCGAUUGUGCAACGAUUAAUAUCUUUGCUAACCGAACAUCGUAGAGUCAUUUUAUGUGGACCCAGUGGUACUGGCAAAAGCUAUUUGGCUGGAAAAUUAGCUCAUGCAUUGGUGGAUGCCGAUAAUGAUACGAAAGAUGCUACGGCUGUGGCCACGUUCAACGUAGAUCACAAAUCCAGCAAAGAACUUAGACAAUAUCUCGCCCAUAUCGCCGAAAGAUGUGAUUCGAAUGCAGCUGAUGAAUUACCAAGGGUAAUCAUUCUCGAAAAUUUACAACACGCUGCAUCUUUAGGAGAAUUGUUCAGUGGCUUGCUCGGUACUAGACACUCAUCUUGUCCAGCUAUUAUUGGCACCAUGAGUCAGGCUACUUGUAGUACCACGAAUCUUCAAUUGCAUCACAAUUUUAGGUGGGUACUUUGUGCUAAUCAUAUGGAACCAGUUAAGGGAUUCUUAGGCCGCUAUCUCAGGCGGAAACUGCUGGAACACGAAUUACGCGAGUGUGGUGGAACUAGAAAUGCAGAAAUGGCAGCAGUUGUCGAAUGGUUACCCCGGGUGUGGCUACAUCUUAACAAGUUCCUAGAAAGUCAUAGCAGUUCUGACGUGACAAUAGGACCUCGACUAUUUCUAUCAUGUCCAAUGGAAGUAACGGGUUCUCAAGUAUGGUUUACGGACUUAUGGAACUAUUCUGUAGUACCAUAUCUGGUGGAAGCAGUCAGAGAAGGAUUGACACUUUACGGCAGACGCGUUAGCGGAAAUGGAAAUGGAGAUUCUUCCUGGGAAGAUCCAGCUCAAUUUAUCACUUCCAGUUAUCCUUGGAUUUCUACGCAUGCUGUACACGGUGGUAGUGAUGCUCUACUUCGUUUAAGACCAGAAGACGUUGGUUACGAUGUUGUUACGUCCGGACACACUUCUGGAGUUGGUGCGUCAAGCGUGAAAAGUCUUGGUAGCACGCAUAGCGACACUGAAGGAGAUCCUCUACUGAAUAUGUUGAUGAGAUUACAGGAAGCAGCCAAUUAUUCGAGUCCUCAUAGCAACGAUAGUGAUUCGGUUACUUCCCUUGAUUCAUCGCACACUCGACACUCGGAAGACUUAAGUUCAUCAACAUCUUCGUCAAGAGGCGUAGAAUCGGCACUUUAAUUAGCAAUGCUAUUGUUAUUAAGGAAAAUGAAAUACAACCUGAAUAUGAAUAUCUAUGAAUAUAAUCGUACAUCAGGCCAGUUUGUAAUAUUCCAUUUAAAAAAUAAUAAUUUGCGUAUGAGAGUAUAAAAAAUCUGAGAAGAAAAGAAACGGAAAAGAAAUCAAAAAUAAAUUUUGGAUAUCUUUAUGAUAUAAAUCUCUUCUUUUUAACGUUUUAUGACAAAAAAUAUCAAACAAAUAUUAAACAGCCAAGCUACAAACAAAGACUAAGAUAUUUUCAGCAAUGCGUGAUAGGAUACUCUUUAUAAAAUACGUCCUUCCAUUUGUUCUUACGUAAAGCAGUGAUGUGCAUUAAAAAAAUGAAAUGAAAUUAAAAACGUUAAGAAAAAUUUUUUAAUGCCUACAGCUGGCCUAUAUUUAUUCUAGUUUUUAUGUGCGCCAUGCACUUUGGUGUGAUAUGUAAUUAAAUAAGUAAGAGAUAAACAAGCGAUAUUUCUAUGUUCUUUGGAUAUAACGACGUAUAAACAUGUACGUCAUCACGCAAUGCAAUAAUCUACGCUGCCGUUAUGGAAGUACGAGUCUAUUUUAAACAAAUACAUUUCUAUGAUUAAAUCAAGUACGAUUAAGUGUAGCUUAAUGCGACUUUACUCGAGAAAUUUGGAUGGAAUAUACAGUAUUAUUAUAGGGAGUAAAAUAAAAGGGCUUCGAACUGAGCCAAGAUUUAGGAUCGAGGAACCGUCGUUCCUUUCGUCCACUACUUUCAGGUAAAAUAGCUUAUCAUAUGCGAUACACAGAUCUCAUGGACGGACCGCUCAAUGGAGUAUUGCUUCAGAAAUACAGCGCAGUUCGAAGUGGGUACUGAUGAAUGUGCGUGCAAAAAUAGUCUAUUUAUACAUACUUUGCUACAAAAGUUCUAUUUAAUUAAAAAAUGUUAAUAUAAUAUAUAUAUAAUAUAUAUAUAUUAUAUAUAUAUACACAUACGCGCGCGCGCGCGCGCACACACACACAUACACAAUCUAACGAUGGCGCUAAAUUUAUGUUACGAAUAAAAUUUAUAAUUAGCUAAUAAGAUACGUGAGUAAUUCUGGUCAUGUAACAUUGUAAAUACAAAAAACGAAUGAAAUGUACGAUGACGCUAGAUACAAAUUUGAUUCGAAAUCCCAUGGUAGCCUGCAAGAUCUCUUUUAAUAAAAUGACGUGUAAAGUGUAUAAAGAAAAAGGGGGAAAGAUGAAAUGCAAAGGAAUUGAAUCCUUCAUGUGCAAUUUGUCAGAUUGCAGCGCGUUAAAAUGACAAAAAAUAACAGGCUACAUAAAAUAUACAUAGUGUACAUGUUUGAUAAGCCUUGAAAUCGAUUUCAGAAUUCGAUCGAUAUCAUAAUGUCCAUAAAUACGAUGUGCAUGUAACAAUUAUACAGUCGCAUUUACAGGUUUUUUACGUUUGUACCGUAUUUAUACGCUGUACGACGCUGCACUGGAUCUUCAUUCAAAUAACGAUAAUUAUCGUGUCAUCAAAUAAAUUACACUAAACUUUA